AAUGACAGUUUAUAGUUCAUUUUGCAACAUAACCUACAAAACAUUCAAACAAAAUAUUACUUCUUAUAACACAUUUAUUAAAAUUUUUUUAAAUAGUUAAACUAAAUCCUGUAUUUGCACAAGUGUUUUCUCGUUUUUAUUGUUACAAUGGCUGAAGCCCUUCAAGACGUGUCUCCCACCUGCCCCAAAUCCGAAGACGAAGACUCCGAUGGCUGGGACGAGAUGGAACUCGGGGGCGAGCAAACCACUUGUCUCUUUUGUAAUUUGCAAUUUCAUACCAUCGCUGUGGCUUUGGAUCAUUGUCGGACAGCUCACAAUUUUGAUUUACUAGCACUCAAGAAUAAGCAUAACAUGGACUGUUACUCUUAUAUAAAAAUGAUAAAUUAUAUCAGGCUUCAGAAGCCAGAGCCGAAAAUGAUUCAAGAGGCUUCUGUUGCACUUUGGGAUGAUGACUGUUAUUUAAAACCAGGAGAGAUGGAACCAUGGUUGAUGUAUGAUUUCGAUGAUUUGGGAAGCGCACCGUCGACACCACACUAUGCUAUUGACGGGAAAACUCCCAUUAGUAAUCUAAAUUUUGGAGAGUUACAAAGACAUAUACAUGAUCUUAAUUUACAAUUAAAACAACGCGACAUGUUAAUAGAAAGCUUCCAAAAAGACAUGGAAAAAAUGAAACAAGUGACAAGAACACUCGUUGUUGACUCGGGGGGCGAUUCUAUAACCAAAAUGAGCCCAUCAGACUCUUCUUUAGGGGACAGCGAUGGUUACUUUGGUUCUUAUUCCCAUUUUGGAAUUCACCAUGAAAUGUUAAAUGAUAAGGUUAGAACUGAAAGUUAUAGGGAUGCAAUUCUGAAUAACUCCGAUAGUUUUAAAGAUAAAUUCGUGUUGGAUGUUGGUUGUGGUACCGGGAUUCUAUCAAUGUUUUGUGCCAAAGCUGGUGCUAGAACUGUAAUAGGAGUGGAUCAGUCUGAAGUUGUGUAUAAAGCUAUGGAUAUUGUAAGGGAGAAUUCUUUACAAGACACCAUUCAAUUGAUAAAGGGACAGCUGGAAAAGACAAGUUUGCCAGUGGAAAAGGUGGAUAUAAUAGUUUCAGAGUGGAUGGGUUAUUUUUUACUUUUUGAAGGCAUGUUAGACAGUGUGAUUUAUGCAAGAGAUAAAUAUUUAAAUGAAGGUGGGUUACUAUUACCCAACAGAUGUACCAUUAGUCUUGUAGGGGUUUGUGAUGAAGAUAGGUAUAAGAACUUAAUAGACUUUUGGGAUAACGUUUAUGGUUUUUCAAUGAAAUGCAUGAAACCAGAAAUAUUAUUAGAAGCAAAUGUGGAAACGGUGCCAAAUGAUAAACUGAUCACAGACUCAGUGGUGGUCUCUGAGAUCGAUAUAAUGACUUGUACAACAAAUGCAUGUAAUUUUAAGAAAGAUUUUACUUUUACCGCUAGAAAAGAGGGUAAACUGACUGCUAUUGCCGGAUAUUUUGACACUUUCUUUGAUUUAACUCAGAAAGUUGAAUUUUCAACUGGACCUCAAGUUGAUAGAACGCACUGGCAACAAACCGUUUUUUAUUUGGGAAAGACGGUGGAACUACAAGAAGGUCAAACACUAAAUUGCUCAAUUUCAUGUUCCAGACUGAAGAAAAAUGCUCGCGGAUUAUCAGUUACAUUAACAGUAGAUAAGUCUAAAUAUGAUUAUAUUGUAGAUUAAGCAAGUGACAUUAUUAGCAGCCACGACUUGGGUCUUAUUAUUGACUGAUAGGCAGCAGAAAACGUUGUUCUCUUUUUUUGCAUUGUUAAUUAAGAUUUUCUUUCUUAUAAAGACAAGUGAUGUUUCUAUUAAAAAUUCCACUUCCUACAACUCAAGAAUAAGGUCCAAGAAAACUUUUGUUUUGUUUGUACUUAGAAUAGCGUUGAUGAUUCAUAGGUUGUGACCGAAUACCUGCUACUGCCAUAAUAACUUUAGAGGUUAAAAAAUGUGUUUUUUUACUAUUUAAAAAAUAUACAAACGCUUAAUCUAAAAAAUAAUUUAUUACAAUAAAGCUAUUUUAAAAAUCGUUAUUUCGUAUUCUAAACACUUGAUUAAAGGCAGUCCUCGGUGUGCUAUAGUAGGAAACUCUUCUGUCGUAGUCCGCUUGUACGUCUGCCCUCAAUAUUACUACACCUGGAAAUAUUUUUUUGUUAUAUCUUUUUUUUAUUUAAUAAUUCUACUGUAUUACUAGAUAUAUAAAAGAACAUUCAAUCAAUGUUAAUAAAUGUUAUUUUACUUGUACUGA